CUAUUCUCCCAUUUCGUUAUUUGGUGGCUUUGGUUAUCAGUCGUUAUACGUAUUACGGAGUAGGAUUAUUCUUGACAGCGGGUUGACUGGAAUUUGGUUUUCUCUUCGCUGUUUUGGUUUUUCUCAGUCAGGGUUUAUUAAAUAGAAUGACUAUAGAUCAGGGCCGGGUUUGCACCUCACAACUUUGUAUGUGGGUAAACAAUCAAAUUUAAAAAUAUUUGAACUUUAAACACUUCAAGCAAAGUGCGGCUAGAAAAUUUGGUGACUCAAGAGGGACCGCACCACUCUGGUACUUCGUUCGUUAUCGUACAACAUUGGGAAAAUGGUAAAAUAACAAGCUCUUGACCUUGGUAUGGACUGGCUAUUUUGGUUACCGCUCACGAUAAACAGCUCUCCUCUUUCGAUCGGAUCAAAUCGAUCCUUCUGUUGGCCUUUGCGGAUCAUAAAAAUUGCCGAAUCCAAGAGCGAAUAAUACACACAGUAUCAUUUCCCCCCUUACAGUACCAUCUUUAUACCGUUCCCAGCAGUGUCCUAUUCGUCAACAUUGGGAAAAUGAUGUGCGCAAGUCCCAGGGCCUCGACUUCUCCUGGGUGGUCGGAGUAAAAUCAUCAGUGUGCAGUUCCGCUUCUCCAGUAACACUUUACACUACUUCAUGCCAACAUCUUUUUUUGAAAAAGUUCCGCGCUCUAACAAAUACUACUACUACACUACUACUACAUUGAUCAAUGAGAACACGGAUAUGGGUCUUUGGCAAUUCUUGAUUGUAAUCAUGUUACUAAUUAUCGGAAAGCUGCGUUCGUUACCAGUUCUAGUGACCACCGAGCCGCUUAAUUCAACGGGAUUUCACGAAAUGGGGGGACUCAAAGACUUGGACCACUCUACCAUUCUAGGACCCGUCAAUUCCCCGCUCAACUUGACAGUCUCCGUAGAGUUGUCCGUCAGUGAAACUUUGGAAUAUUCAUUCCCAUCGGAUCCUGUAGCCAACAAACGUCUCAAAUUAGUGAUACGUUGGCUUCAUCCCACAACUGUGUUUUAUUCGUUCCGCCAAAAUGUUUGUACAGGAGAACCUCCCGAGGGGUACAACGUCGAAGUUAGACCGUCGAUUCCACCUACUCAUUCUUCAAUCGUAGACACGUCACUGUGUACCGAGCACUUUACGGAUUUCUUUCAUCACGUAGAGUACAGCGAACUUCCAUUCAUGGAAAUCGGAAGCGGUACGAAAAAGGAUGAUCACCUCGUCCAGUUUGGGUGUUCCUAUUCCGUCAGGGUUCAAGCGUCGCCCAUUAUCCCUCCGGCUCGCCCACAGAUUGUCAACAUUACCGUUCCAGAUUGCGUCGAGGGAGUUUGUCGCUGCAGCUCGCGGCCGCGGCUAGCCAAACCGGAAGACUUGACGACGCACGAGAUCACCACGUCUUCCGGGACGCUGGAUGACGAGCGAAGCUAUGUGGUCUCGUGGAAGUAUUCGGCCGCCGCAACGCAGGAGGAAGAGGAGGACGAUAUCACUUUGAUGGCACGAGUGGAAAAGGCCGACAACGUCCUGGGGCUUGGGCCUGUCUAUCGCAAGGUCAGAGAAUACCGACACAACGUCGAGCAUCCUGGACGACCGAACCUUUUCCAGCAGACGAUCCAUCACUUGGAGAUUCAUUCCAAUUACCGAGUGCGGGUCGUCGCUUACGAUUCCCACCACUGCGAGGGUCUCGCUGCCGAAGUUUACUUGAAUAGAGAUUCCAAGUCGGAUAAAAAUCCAAACUUGCACAAGGAAACUAUGGUGAGCGCUGUCGUCAUCGGUGCCGUUUUCUUGGCCGUCACAGCCCUCGUUAUUGCUCUCAGUUGGAAACGCUUUCUUCGACGGCUUCAUCUGAUGGCAGCCGCCGCUGCAACUGGCAGCCAUACUCCCGCCCGUUAUUCGCGAUCCCCGCAAAAUUUUCACAGGGAUAGCAGACGCACGACUUUGAUAACUAAUGGCUCGAACAGUACCUGCCAGCAUUUGAUGAACGUCCUGCACGCCGAUAGAGAGUCGGAAGAACCUCGCCAUCAUUUACUCGGGACUAAUAAAAUCACGGACGACUACGAAAUUGAUCCUGGCCAAGUAAAGUUAGGCGUGGAGAUCGGCAAGGGCGCGUUCGGUCGGGUUCACUUAGCAACGGUGGAAAAUCUAUCCGGGCUACCGGGUCCCACUCUCGUGGCUGUCAAACAAAUAAAAAAAAAAGUAGGCUUAGACGAACGGGAUGAUUUCCUAGCCGAAAUUGCCAUGAUGAAGCGCGUCGGUAGGCAUGAUAACAUUGUUGUGAUGCUGGCUUGCGUCACGCUAACUCAACCGUAUUCGAUGAUCCUUGAAUACGUCCCCUACGGUGAUUUGCUGCAUUAUUUAAGGACUUUGCGAACGGUUUAUCAUCAAUCUAAAGUUUGGUCAGUCGAUAGUAAAGUCCAGCAUCAGCAGGAUACCGCCUCCGCAAGUCUAGCCGGAUCAGGUUCAUCUGUUGCUUUGCUACCGCCAAGAAAGUCUACGACACACAGCACUUCAGACAGUUCAAAGUCCUACCAUUUGAACCACAUUUUCUCUUCGAUGAGUUCCCAUUCAACCGGUUCGUCGCACUCGUCGUCCUCCUACGUCAUACCCAACUACUACCGCGGUUUUUUGAAAGCCUUUCCGACGAGCAGAACAAUAGACACGGAAGAGUUGCACGAUUUCGCCCGACAGAUAGCACGGGGCAUGGAACAUUUGGAAUUGAAGGGAAUUACUCAUCGAGAUUUGGCGGCUCGUAAUUUGUUGGUGAGCGAAGGUCGGGUGCUGAAAAUUUCCGAUUUUGGAUUAUCGCGCCACGGUGUCUACGUCAACACGCGCAAGCGGAUGCUUCCGCUUCGAUGGCUGGCGCUCGAAUCCAUGACGGAUAAUUUGUACUCGUCGCAGAGCGACGUCUGGGCGUUUGGCGUCGUCCUCUGGGAAAUAUGCACUUUAGGCGGAUUCCCUUAUGCCAAUGUGUCUGAUGCUCAACUGAUGACGUAUCUGCUCUCUGGCAACCGCCUAGUGAGGCCUGACAACGUUUCCGAGAAACUUUAUCAAAUAAUGUUGAAAUGUUGGAGCGCUAAUCCUGAUGACCGGCCUACGUUUCACCAACUUCGCUGCUCUCUGGAAGAUUUCGAAGCUCACCAUGAGAAUUAUGUUGAUUUCAAUUGCUCAACCAGUUCUCCAGCUCACACACUGCCACCCACCGAGGAGGAAAUUGCCGUCGUUUAGAACAGGUUAUAUUUAUUUAAGGUAGCAUAAUUGAUUUCGCUAUUCGUAUUUAAAGCGCUAUUCCUUGUUCGGAUGCGAGACGACAUAUAAUCUUAAAAUUAUGUGAAUGCGUAAUCGGUAAUAAUUCUAUGUAUAAUUAUCAUUAGACUGAUGGAAAUAGCCUGCACUUUUGUGAUGCUUUUGAAAAGUUCAUUGACCGCUAAAGUUCUUCUAAAAAUAUUUAAAAAAAACAAAUGGGAUUUCUUAAUAUAAAAUGUCGUGUAUACUUUGAGAUUACGCACAACUGGAUUUCCCCCAUUUUCUCGAAUGGAUUUGUGUAUUAUACCCUAUUACCUAAAUUACUAAUACCAAUAUAUUUAAAGCCGUUUGCAGAUCGAUGAAAUCUCAGUUUAUCCUCAAUAAUUGAUCGACGAGCGUGGGAUGCGAACCCGGUGUGCUUUGCAUGUUGCUCAUUUGCCAGUCAGAUCGCCACGUGAAUAAACGAUGUAAUGAUUUAUUAAAUGGGUUGAAGACUGGGAUCUUGCAUGGCUGAUUUGGCGGAAAAGAGACGUGGAACGGGGCCGCCAGCAAUAUUAUGGUGCGUAUCCAUUUCGUUGUCACGGCUACGCGAUAUCGCCUUAAGUUGGUGAUAGCAGCUAUAAAUUCUUCUAUAUCGUCCAUGUUUUUUUAUUAUUUAAAUGUCAAACAGCCAACCUCGAUUUAUAAGUUGUUACAGCUUUUGGGAUUUAUGGCGAUCUUUGUACCAAAAGUCUUUUGCUACAAGUAUCGUUCGUUCCGUCGUGAAUCAGGAGAUUUCCAUCGGAGAAUUCAAGAUCAAGAGGAAAACUUAAGUUGAGAAAUGGUUCGGGAUUCGUUGCACGACGUGUUUUUGGGUUGUUUUUGAAGUUCGCGGUGAAUGGCUUCUCGGGUUGCGCAACCCAAUAAUUAGUAUUCUAAACAAGUCUAACUCAACUUCACCCCCCGGAGCGAAAGUGACAAGAAUGACAAGGUCUUGGGGAAAUUCAAAUUCUUUUUUUAAAAAACAAGUUAUUGAAACAUUCAAAAUUGCAACUAUUAUUUUUAAGCAUUAAAUAUUAUUUCUCUUAUAUUUUUAAUUGAUUUUUUUGGAAUUUUAAAAUCUUCAUAAACGGAAUUCCGCCUUCGAAGAAAGACAGAUUAAAAUUCUGAAAUAUUUCUACAAGAUUCGUUUAGACCCCACGGCAGGUAUUCA